AUGAUGCGACGGUUUAUUUUUCAUGGACUAUUUGAUCCAUCAACGAGUAUCUUUCAACUGAAGGUUAUAAAUUCUGUCUUGUCGUGUUCUGCCAAACAGAGAUUUCAAAUCAUUAUUUGUUAUAUAACAUUAGCUUACACGGUUACAAGAUAUACAUGCCUUCAAUGUUAUGCCUGUUCUGGAGGAGCUGAAUGCGGUAUUUCUUUUUCACCUGAUUCAAAGAGUACUACACAAGUGGGAUCCAAUGGAGAUGGAUUUUUUGAUUCAUGUUCAAUAUCUGUUAGUCAAGACGGCUUAACAACACGAAGUUUGGUUCAUUCGUAUGAAUGCCGCAGUUCAGAACGACAAUUCUGUUGUAACGACAACUUUUGCAACUCUUUACCUUCACCGCCUCUGCCAGCAUUCACAACUCUCAAGUGUGUUAUUACUCAGUGUUUGACGGGUGAUCGCAACUGUGCUAGUAAAUUCUAUGUUGCUUCUCUUAGCAGUGCUACUGAAUCAUGUUUGGGUGUAACAACAUUGGUGACCGAUAUAGGAUACUACUCCUACAAGAAGGGUUGCUCACCUGGUAAAUUUGUUUUACGUGCCGGUUCCUAUCCUUUAGUAGGAGAUUCUUUUUGUUGCAAUUCUCCGCAAUGCAAUCGCCAGGAUAUUCCUCGACAAUUGACGAUUAAAUGUUUCGCAUGUGACUCUCGUGUCACCGGUAUGAAAGGAUGCAGCACGUUGAAUACAUCAAGUCUGUAUAUGUAUGACUCUGGAUCGUCAAUCUCAUCUGAAGCAUGUGCCAUGAUCAUCGGUUUUCCGGGACAAGAUCCGUCCACUAAUAUCAGUUAUCCUGCUUUCGCUAUACGAACAUUGAUUGCGGAUUGUGAAAUCCAAUCGGGCAAUAAUGUUUCGUAUGGUGGUGCCAAUUUUCAGGGUCGUAUCAAGUGUUGUUGGACUAAUCAUUGUAACAACGAAAGUGAGUUUUUACAGUCGUAUUUGAAUGAAGCAUGGCUUCAUCUGUUGAUUAUUGAGACCUGUGAAAAUUUUCACUAA